AUGGAGAGCAUCGUAAAGUACGCGCAUGUGCAUCAUGUGGAGGAGGUGCUAAGGUCAUUGGACGUGGACGAGAACGUUGGUUUGACAAAAGAUAAACUGGAAAAGAGAAGAAGAGCAUAUGGAUUAAACGAGUUGGAAGUAGAAAAGAAAAAGGGUAUUUUAGAGCUCAUAUUAAAUCAGUUUGACGAUUUAUUAGUAAAAAUAUUAUUACUAGCAGCAUUUAUAAGUUUUGCUUUAACAAUAUUAGAUAUGCAAAAUAAGGAAGUGGCAUUAUCUGAUUUUAUAGAACCGUUGGUUAUAGUAAUGAUAUUAAUUUUAAAUGCAGCAGUAGGUGUAUGGCAAGAAUGUAAUGCUGAAAAGUCGUUAGAAGCAUUGAAACAAUUACAACCAACUAAAGCAAAAGUAUUAAGAGAUGGGAAAUGGAAAAUAAUAGAUAGCAAAUAUUUAACCAUAGGAGAUAUAAUAGAAUUAAAUGUAGGAAAUAAAACACCAGCUGAUGCUAGAAUUAUUAAAAUAUUUUCAACAAGUAUUAAAGUGGAACAGAGUAUGUUGACUGGGGAAUCUUGUUCAGUAGACAAAUAUGCGGAUAUAUUAGAUUUUAAUUUAAAAAAUUGUGAGAUUCAAUUAAAAAAAAAUAUAUUAUUUUCAUCUACAUCCAUAGUUGCAGGUAGAUGUUUAGCUGUAGUUAUAAAUAUAGGUAUGAACACAGAAAUUGGAAAUAUACAGCAUGCAGUCAUUGAGUCCAAAAAUGAAGAUACAGAUACACCAUUACAAAUAAAAAUAGAUUCAUUUGGAAGACAGUUAUCAAAAAUUAUAUUUGUUAUAUGUAUUACUGUAUGGAUAAUAAAUUUCAAGCAUUUUUCUGAUCCUGUUCAUGGAUCUUUUCUCUAUGGAUGUUUAUAUUAUUUUAAAAUUAGUGUAGCUUUAGCUGUUGCUGCAAUACCUGAAGGAUUACCAGCAGUUAUCACCACAUGUCUAGCCUUAGGUACAAGGAGGUUAGUAAAGAAAAAUGCUAUUGUAAGGAAAUUACAAAGUGUAGAAACACUGGGUUGUACUACAGUAAUAUGCUCAGAUAAAACUGGUACACUAACAACGAAUCAAAUGACAGCUACUGUAUUUCAUUUAUUUAGAGAAACCAAUGUAUUAAAGGAAUUCCAGCUAUGCCAAAAGGGGGAUAACUUUUUUUUCUAUGAAACAAAUACAAAUGAAGGCAUCGAGGAGGAGUCCUUUUUUAAAAAAUUGAAAAAAAAAAGUACAGGUGUGGAAGCGGAAGAUCAAGAAGAGGAGGAAACGGAAGACGAAAUGGAAACAGAGAAAAUGGGGGGAGAAGAGCAGGGCGAGGGGAAUUUCUAUGGACGCAAUAAGUACACGAAUAGUAGUGGUUAUAAUAGUGGUAAACAUAGUGGAGGUACUGAUGGAUAUGAUAAGGGAAAUGCGGUUGGAAAUACUAGUAGGAAUAGACAAGGGAAAAACACAGAGGAUGAAGCAAGCGAUUAUCCUCUUACCGAAAUGAGCAGUAAUGUGAACACGAUCAUAAGUCGAGGAAGUAAGAUAUUCGAAGAUAAAAUAAGUAAGUACUGUUAUUCGGAAUAUGACUACAACUUUUACAUGUGUCUAGUAAACUGUAAUGAGGCAAAUAUCUUUUGCAAUCAUCAAAAUGAAAUUGUAAAAAAAUUUGGGGAUAGCACUGAGUUAGCCCUACUCUACUUUGUUCAUAACUUUGAUAUAUUACCCAACAACUUAAGGAAUAAUAAGAUGCCGGCCGAGUAUGAGAAGCCCAGCAAUAACAACAACAGCGCAACGGGUAAAAAGAGUGACAACUUCAGUAGCAGAAGAAGUACAUGGUCAUACGCAGAUAGUGAAAACUGUAAUAGUAAUUCGAUCUCUAAUAAUUUUGAGAAUAGUAAAUAUAAUUGCAAUAAUAAGAGAGAUGACAAGUCUGUUCCGAGUGAAUGCAUAGCUGCUUGGAGGAACGAAUGUCAAUUAGUGAAAAUUAUAGAAUUUACACGAGAAAGAAAAUUAAUGAGUGUAAUUGUUGAAAAUAAUAAAAAUGAAUUAAUACUUUAUUGUAAAGGAGCUCCAGAAAAUAUUAUAAAAAAUUGUAAAUCUUAUCUAACGAAAAAUGACUUUCGUACAUUAACAGAAGAAUUAAAAGAAGAUAUUCAUAACAGAAUUAAGAAUAUGGGGAAAAGGGCACUUAGAACUCUAAGUUUUGCUUUUAAAAAAUUAAAAAAAAAUGAUUUAAAUAUAACAAAUGUAGAGGAUUAUUAUAAAUUAGAACAAGAUCUAACGUAUUUAGGUGGCCUGGGUAUUAUAGAUCCACCCAGGAAAUACGUUGGACGAGCUAUUAAUUUAUGCCAUCUUGCUGGCAUAAGGGUGUUUAUGAUUACAGGGGAUAACAUAGAUACAGCGAGGGCCAUAGGGAGGGAAAUAAACAUACUCAGCAGAGGGGAUAAUAAUGGUAGCAACAGAAAUGACCUAGAUACUAGCCGCAAUGCUUACCGCAUGACUAACAGUAAUGUUGCCGAUGAUGAAUCGAGCGAGUGUUGCUAUAAUGGUAGGGAUUUUGAAGACCUGCCACUUGAGAAACAAAAAAGUAUAUUAAAAAAUAAACAAAAAAUAAUAUUCUGUCGAACAGAACCAAAACAUAAAAAGCAGAUUGUCAAAAUUUUGAAGGAUCUAGGAGAAACUGUAGCUAUGACAGGAGAUGGGGUUAAUGAUGCCCCAGCUUUAAAAUCAGCAGAUAUAGGUAUAGCUAUGGGAAUUAAUGGGACAGAAGUAGCUAAAGAGGCUUCAGAUAUUGUACUAGCUGAUGAUAACUUUAAUACAAUCGUAGAGGCAAUCAAAGAAGGUAGAUGUAUUUACAAUAAUAUGAAAGCUUUUAUACGUUAUCUUAUUAGUAGUAACAUAGGUGAAGUUGCCUCCAUUUUUAUAACUGCACUUUUGGGAAUACCUGACAGUUUAGCGCCUGUCCAGCUCCUCUGGGUUAACCUGGUCACAGACGGUCUACCCGCUACAGCACUGGGAUUUAACCCCCCGGAACAUGACGUAAUGAAAUGUAAACCAAGGCAUAAAAACGAUAACUUGAUUAAUGGAUUAACCUUACUAAGAUACAUAAUUAUUGGAACAUAUGUAGGAAUGGCCACUGUGUCUAUAUUUGUUUACUGGUAUAUAUUUUACCCAGAUUCGGAUAAUCAUACGUUAAUAAAUUUUUAUGAACUUUCUCAUUAUAAUCAAUGUAAAGCUUGGCCUAAUUUUAAAGUCAACAGAAUUUAUGGCAUGUCCGAAGAUGCUUGUUCGUACUUUUCGUCAGGAAAAGUUAAGGCGAGCACGUUGUCACUAUCCGUCCUUGUGUUAAUAGAAAUGUUUAAUGCUUUAAAUGCAUUGAGUGAAUAUAACUCCUUAUUUAAUAUCCCACCAUGGAGAAACAUGUAUUUGGUACUAGCUAUCAUCGGAUCCUUACUGUUACAUUUUCUAAUUAUUUAUAUUCCCCCCUUAGCAAGUAUUUUUGGUGUUGUUGCCUUAACUGCGUAUGAUUGGUUCCUAGUAUUUUUAUGGUCUUUUCCUGUUAUCAUUAUUGAUGAAGUUAUUAAAUUUUAUGCAAAGAGACAAUUAGAUAAAGAGAUAUCAUUGAGCAAGUUGAAAAUUGACUAA